AUCCUCCUCGAUCCUUAUGGCGACGGUCUGGAUGGAAGCGGUGCGGCUCCAGGUACGCUGCCUGGUGGCCGAAAGUUCGUGGACUAUCGCAUGGAGCCGGCCCCAGUGUGGGAUGGUGAAACGCCGGAGUUGAAGUACCGGGAGUAUGCCCAAAAUCUUCGGCUUUGGCUGGUGGAAGCUGUGGAGCGCCUCCCUGGCGCACUGGUGGGGAAGCGCAUCAUUGAUGGGAUUCCGUUUGGGAGCAGGCUGGCGGCCCUCUUGGCUCACCUGACGGUUGAGGACAUAACGGCCGAGAAGGGCUACGAGAAGAUAGUGGGCAUCAUCGAGGACGCUCACGAUUACCUUCACGACGCCAAGCUGGAGCAGGCCUUCGAGAUGGCGAUGUCGCCGCCGGGCCGACCAGUCCUUGAGCGGCUUUGUGGCGACGAAGAAGGGAACUUCAGCGAGGACCAGAAGCAGAGGAUCAAGGUCCUGACCGACGGCUCUAUCGACUUUCCGAAGGUGGAGCAGGCGAUCCGGAAGGAGACGAGGCUGAGGAUGAUGACGGCGGCUACGCUGAUGGUGGCUAUGAUGCCGAGCUCUGGCCACCAGACCUUCUACGAGGACCAGGCCUACGAUGAGGAGCCCGACUUGUUCGAGGACUUGCUGGAGGCCGACGAGGGUGGCUCCGUCUAUGUGUGCGUUGAGGAACCUUUGCCAAGCCUUAUGGAUGAAGACCAGGCCCUGCAGUACGCCGGCGACCUUCUUUCCUUUGUCUACGGCGAGACCUCAGACAGGUGGCAGCGCAAGGGCAAGGGAAAGGGCAAGAGCAAGGCCAAGGGCAAAGGCAAGGGGAAAGAGAAAGGUGCCAAGGGAAAGCACAAGGGCUUUGGAAUAUAUGGCACCCAGAUGUCUUACCCGGAGCACCGACGAGCACUUCAGCAGGCUCGGACCGAUCGAGGACACAGUCGUCCGCCGAGCUUCCCGGGCCCACCUCGGGCACGGGCUUCCCUUGAGGAUAUCAAGGCCCGGACCCGAUGUCAUCAGUGCAAACAGAUCGGGCAUUGGUCUCGAGAGUGCCCCCAAAGGCAGGCGAGGCCGCGAUCACCGUCUCCGAGCCAGCCGGCCCCGAGGGUGUCAACGAGCCACUUCUUUAUGGGCGACCCGGUGACUGUUGCCUCGGCUGAGGGAGAGAUUUUCCUUAGCAGCUCGAUUGAAGAGCCCCAUGCUUUUGUUGGUUUUGUUCAGAAUGGCGUCAGCCUGGACCACCAGUGCCAGGUGUUCCGCCCUCUGACUCUGCUGUCGGAGGAAUACAUGUCUGAGGUGCUCUUGAGUUACACGUUUGCUAGCAGCAAUGAUGAGUCGGAGGGUUGUGCGUUGGUUGAUACCGCAGCUCAGCAUGGACUGAUUGGAGAGCAGACUUUGCACAAGCAUGACAUGUACCUCCAGAAGCAUCACAACAAGUUGAGGGUGCAGAUCACAGAUGAGACUGGGGGAACUGUGCGUGGAGUUUGUGGUUCUGAGCAAGUCACCAAGGUAGCGUACAUACCCAUCGGGAUUGCCGGGAGACCAGGUGUGCUUCGAGUUCAGGUUGUUCCUGGGGUGAUUCCGUGCCUGAUUCCCGCGUACCUUCUGACAGAUGCAGGGGCCAUCAUAGAUAUGCCGGGGUCCCGAGUCUACUACACUUCUGUCAGUGCAGUGCAACGAAUGAGACGUCGAUCCACAGGACACAUGGAAGUGAGCUUGUGCGAGUUUGAGUCGAAAUGGGAGAUCCCGGCAACAUAUUCCUUCAUCAAGAGUGAGAUUUGGGGUGCCCCUCAGCUGCCGCUGUUCCUUCGGCGAUGGCGGCGCUGUGUACUGCGCUACUUCUUGGCUAUGGCUACUCAAGCAGCUGUGGCCUUGGAGCAAAUUAUCUCGCAACCGCAAUUGCGCAGGGCCCGCAAGCUAGCAGCGAGACGAGAAGCUUUGGAGCGAAGGGCCCUUCUACUUCAACGCGAAGAACAGGCGCUCCUGGCCGCUACCCCGGUGGACCGUGCUCCGGUGAGGGUCUUGGUGGCGAACGAAGAGCAUACCGAACAACGCCGCCCCAAGGUGGAACACCGCGGCCGCUCCAAGUACCUCACACCGAUCCUGAGGAGUUCGCCUACUUGUCAGCAUGUGGAGACCAAGCACGGAGCGAACUCAGACUGGAGCUGGGUGAGAUGCACCAAGUGCGGGCUGACCGAGCAAGUUCCCAAGAUGAGUUUGGAAAAGAUGAAUGUAUGGAACACGGUGCUCAUCUUCCAGAAGUCCGACUACCUCACCCCCGACGAGAAGAAGAAGGACAAGGAGGAGAAGCGCACGGCAAAGCAGAAUCCCGGAAUACGGGACGAGUCGGACCUGGAGCCGAUUGGGUCGUUGACCGAGGACGAGAUGCAGCUAUGGCGCCGAGAUGCGAUGUCGGUCCCCGACCUCGAGCCUCCCUCUCUCUUCCAGCGAUGUCCUCACUGCCAGUUUGGGGGAAUUCAUCUGAUGAAGUGUGUGGAGGAGAACCGCCUGAUGUGGAGAUGCAUGGGCGGCCGUCUCGACUGCCCGUACAUUUGGCGGGAGUAUGGAGACCAGCUGGUGGUGGCCACGGGAGUUCGACUGUGUGUGAAGUGUCAUCGUGGCGAGCUGAAGGUGAUCACCCACCAGAACCGACAGGCGCUCCUUUGCCCCCAGUGCAGAGAUCUGACGCUGAUGUCAGAGUGUAAGGAGGUGAUGGAGAUGCAUCAGAGGCUGGAGGAGAAGCUGCGUGGCCUCGACAAGGUACCUGUGAGAUGCCGGUGCCCACUUGGGGCGCGGGUGGUGGCUACUUCGCCAGCUCCCGGACUUUGGAAUGUGCUCCAGAUUGAUGCCACCGGCCGUGCUGAAUAUGACCUCGGUGCCCGUGCAUCCGUCUAUGUGAUCCAGGAGUUCUCUGAGGACUUUGCAACCUACCUCCAGGACCAGGAGUUUGAACCGAUUGAGGUGACUCUGGAUCGAAGGGAGAAAAAGAAGCUGGGUGCUGCUCUGGAUCAUGUUCUUGGGAGCACGGAGCAGUUCUUUGAGAUGUGCGAGGAGUAUCCUGGCAUGGAUGGCUUGCCUGGAGAUAGCCAAGGCAGCUGUCAAGUCUUUGGGACUGAGGAAGAAGCCGACCAAGACGAUGGAUUUGGUAGCCAACCACCUCAUUUACUACAACCACUUGCGGCCGCAGCCGGGCUGGAUCUGGAUGAGAUCCGGGCUCAGCGAAAGUAUCGAUGUCUUCCUGUGGAUCUGGAGCUGACCGUACUCUGCAGAGAACUUAAGGAGUCCCAGGCCGAGGAGUCGUGGCUUGAUCACCAUGGCCAGGUGAUGUUCGUGAGCCUUCUUCCUCGGCGAGCGCUACUGCCCUCCGUGGGCCCUGGCGGUCGAACGCAGCGUUGGACUGCGGUGUUGGUGAAGCCUGGAGAAUGGAAGUGGUUGGAGCUGGGUGCCAGUGGUCCAUGGCACGAGGAAGUUCGAGAACAUGGUGCGUUGGUGGUGAUUUACCGGUGGCCUGAAUACUCCGAGACCUUUGCCACCUCGUAUGACCUAACGGACAAGGAGAAGGCCGACGUGCUUCGUUGUCAUGUGAACCUCGGACAUCCUCAUCCGCGGGAGUUUGUGCGGCUCCUCAAAGCCGCCGGAUCACGGCAUGAUGUGGUUCAGUAUGUUCUGCGUGAGUUCGAGUGGAUUUUAACGUCAUUGUGGGGGUGGACCUCCUGUUUGUACACGGGCUUGGCCGUCGAGCAGAACAUCCAGUUCUUAACAUUAACAUUACGUGCCACGGGUGACCUGGUUGGGAUUCACCCGUUUGUGGGCUGCGCUGGCGUCGUCUUGUUAGACGUGGAUGACUUUGCCCAGGGCGGCAACGAAAGGCACCAGAAGCUGAUGCAGCAGUUUAAGGAGCGUUUCCGCUUUGGAAAGGGGAGGUGCUUGUAUGGUGGCCAUGGCGAGUACCUCGGGCGGACUGUUCGUCAACGAGAGGACUUUGAGGUGAGGAUUGACAUGCAGCGGUACAUCGAGGAGAAGCUUCGCCCCGUCACCCUCCCUCGUGAACGAAUGCGCCAGGGUGACGACGCUGUUCUUACUGAAAAGGAGGUGACGAUGCUCCGUGGCGCUGGAGGAUCCCUGCUGUGGGUCGGAAAGGAGUGCCGUCCUGAUGUGGCAGCAGCUUGCGCCAUGAGUAUGUCUUGGGGAUCCGCCGGUCCUACCAUCAAGCACAUCAAGGCGGUCAACAAGACGAUCAACGAGUUGAAGAAGACUUCGGACGUGUACCUCCGCAUCCUCCCUGUGCCCCUGGCCAACGGCAUCUGGGUGUCGAUAUCAGAUGCCUCGGUUGCGAAUGAUGAUGAGACCAGCCAGGGUGGUUUCUUGAUUGCCUUUGCGGACAAGGCAAUCAAAGAUGGCGGCCUGCACGACUUCAGUGUCAACAGUUGGAAGAGCCACCGUGUGAGAAGGGUGGUGAAAGCUUCCUUGGGCAGUGAGGCCCUGGCCAUGGAUGAUGGCCUUGCGGAGCUGGAGUGGAUCCGCGCCCUCUACACCGAGGCGGUUGUUCCGAACUCAACGGUGCUCGAUGGCACGCGCUUUGGUGAUGAUGAGUCAGUGGCCAUCGUGCGCCAGUGCGAUCCUCAGGACCCGACAAUCCUGGUCACCGAUGCUCGAGCUCUUUACGACCUCUUCCAUCGUCGGAGUGGAGCUGCUGGUUUGUGCCGGAGGGCACAGAUCGAUGUGUCGGUGAUGUCUUCGUCGGCGAAGGCUCUACGAGCGGAGGUGCACUGGCUGCCCGGCAAGUACAUGCUGGCGGAUGCUCUUACGAAGCGGCUUGGAAACUCUGCGCUAGUUCGAAAGGUUUUGUCUCUGGGCAAAUAUGCUCUCAAGAGAGACGGCUUAGAGUUGCUCCUAGACCUGGAGGCUCCCCCUGAUGGAUGUGAUGCGUUUGACUGUCAGCCCAGGUCUAGCUAA